UCACUCUUCACCAACAAGGCAACAACAAAGAAACUGAGAUAUCCACACGAUCCAUCGAGUAGUAGCUCAAACAUUGAUAGGUAGCAUUAUGGGAGGAGCUUAUCAGCUGCGGGUUGCUGCUACUUUUCUUCUUAUUGCUGGAAUUGCUUCGAUUGCGGCGGCAUUCGAUCCAAGCCCUCUUCAGGACUUCUGUGUCGCCAUUGACGACCCCAAGCUCGGUGUUUUUGUGAAUGGGAAGUUCUGCAAGGACCCAAUGCAAGCCAAAGCUGACGACUUCACAUUUAGUGGACUCGAUAUGGCAGGAAAUACAUCCAACGCAGUUGGCUCCAACGUCACUUUGGUUAAUGUCGACCGACUCAAAGGGCUCAACACUCUUGGUAUCUCUUUGGCUCGUAUUGACUAUGCACCUUACGGCGGCUUGAACCCUCCUCACACCCACCCUCGUGCCUCUGAAAUUCUAGUAGUGGUCAAGGGUAGUCUCUAUGUUGGCUUUGUCACCUCAAACCCUCCCAAGCUAUUUACCAAAACUCUAAACGUCGGAGAUGUUUUCGUCUUCCCAAUUGGCCUCAUCCACUUCCAACUAAACGUGGCAAAUACAAACGCCAUUGCUUUUGCGGGACUCAGCAGCCAAAAUCCUGGCACAAUCACUAUUGCUAAUGCUGUUUUCGGUUCUGAUCCGGCCAUCAAUCCUGAUGUCCUCACCAAGGCCUUCCAAGUGGACAAGAAUGUGGUGGAUUAUCUCCAGAAGCAGUUCUGGCCUGAGAAUUAAUAUAUAUAUAAAUAACAAAGUUCCAC